AUGAAGAAGAAAAUUGCAUACUUUUAUGACCAAGAAGUGGGAAACUUCUACUACGGACAGGGACAUCCAAUGAAACCGCACCGUAUGAGAAUGACACAUAAUCUGCUCUUACACUACGAUUUGUACAAAGACAUGGAGGUGUUUCAACCCACGCCCGCGCAAGCCGAUGACAUGACGCAAUUUCAUAGCGACGAAUACAUUGAAUUUCUACGCCUUGUCACCCCUGAUAAUCAGCAUGAACACAUGCGCCAGUUGAAGAGGUUCAAUGUUGCUGAGGACUGCCCGGUAUUUGACGGACUGUUCCGCUUCUGCCAACUGUACACAGGCGGCUCUGUUGGAGGGGCUGUCCGCUUGAAUCAUGGACUAUCAGAAACUGUCAUAAAUUGGUCUGGCGGGCUUCAUCACGCAAAAAAGAGUGAAGCAAGUGGGUUUUGCUAUGUUAACGAUAUUGUACUUGCGAUAUUGGAGUUACUCAAGCAACAUCAGCGGGUUUUGUACAUUGAUAUAGAUAUUCAUCACGGUGACGGGGUUGAAGAAGCGUUUUACACGACAGACAGAGUAAUGACGGUUUCGUUUCACAAAUUCGGCGAAUAUUUCCCAGGGACUGGGCACUUGCAGGACAUCGGCCAACAUGCUGGCAAGUACUAUAGUGUCAACGUACCCCUAAAGGAUGGAAUAGAUGAUGAAAGCUACGAGCUUCUCUACAAGCCGUUGAUGUCAAAAGUCAUGGAGAUCUAUCAGCCCGAUGCAGUUGUAUUUCAAUCUGGGGCAGACUCUCUUUCUGGAGACCGUUUGGGUUGUUUCAAUCUGUCCAUCAAAGGUCACGCAGAGUGCCUCAAAUACAUGACUACGUUCAACGUACCUUUACUUGUACUUGGGGGCGGUGGUUACACGAUACGGAACGUAGCCAGAUGCUGGGCAUACGAAACGGGUUGCUUACUUGAUCGAGAACUGGUAGAUGCUAUGCCACAAAACGACUACUCAGAAUAUUUUGGCCCAACUCACACACUGCAUAUCCAACCGAGCAACAUGGAGAAUCAAAAUACUCGCGAAUAUCUUGAAGGGGUUCGAGCACAUCUUUUGGAAAACCUGUCGAAGAUGACCUGCAAACCCAGUGUGCCUUUCCACGAAGUACCACGUGAUUCGACUAAUACUCGUAAUGUCAGUGUUGACGUCGAGCAUAUUAGCGAAAAGAGCGAAAAGGGCUUCUCAGCCAGCCUUGAUAAAUCUCAAUACGAGAAUGAGCGUCACGUCGCGGCUCUGCGUCGUCAACAAAGUAUGGUUGUACGAGAUGAUAUCCCGAGCUCGACGAUCUCUAUUAUGGAGAACACACCGAGCUCUGAGAAGAGUCAUGAUUUACCGAUAUCGGCCACAGGUCUGCCGCAAACACAUACUCCACGGAGCGACGAAGCAACGGCGAUGACGAUGUUCCCAAGCGUUUCGAAUAAAAAAGAAGGAAUUUAG